ACUGACCAUUAUUGAAUUGAUUGAUGAUUGAAGUGAUCGUAGUCCAAGACUUUAUCUUGACCAAAGGGCUGAGCUUGAGCUGAGUAAGAGUUCCACAACGCUACAGGUCUCCCUCUUUCCUUUUUGCUACCUCGCUUCGCUUUCUUCCAUUGAAAUCCAAUCCGGAAAGCUUCCACGAAUGUCGCUCUCGCUUCCUUAAGCUUUUUCCUCGCUUUCUUCCCGCUUUUCAUUCCACUGUUCUGGUUUACUCAAUUUGAGAUCUGGUAUCCUAGGGUUUUGAGCUGCAAAAAGCUGCUUUUGGGGUUGGAGUUGUGGAUUUGGGUUUCGAGAAGUUUAAUUCUGGGAUGUUGGAGUUGAAUGUGGUGCGUCUUCUCGGGGGUGGAAGUGUGAACUAGAAGAUCUGGGGGUUAUGAGAACGAGAAGGUUUGGGUAUUGCAUUGGAACUGGUUUUGGAUGAUAUUUUAUGGCGUCUUCUGUGAAUCUUGGAAUCUUGAGUGGGUUGGGGGGGGGGAGGGGGGCUGGGUGCGGAGAAUAUGAAGAAUGUGCCUUGAUAAUGCUUUGAUACAAGGCAAGCUAGCAAGUAAUUGGACGCUAUUGGAUUUUGGGUUUAAAGGCUGAGAGUGUUUUUGGUUGCUUGGACAUAUCUUAAUAUGAAUCUUUCUUCUUCAGGACUUGUUCAACCGGCUCAAGAAGCUUGUGAUUAUGCAGGGGAGAAAAAAUGUUUGAAUUCUGAACUAUGGCAUGCAUGUGCUGGUCCUCUUGUGUCCCUGCCACCUGUUGGAAGUCGUGUGGUAUACUUUCCCCAAGGUCACAGUGAGCAGGUUGCUGCCUCAACAAAUAAGGAAGUAGAUGGACAUAUUCCCAAUUACCCUAACUUGCCACCGCAGCUUAUCUGUCAGCUUCACAAUGUGACAAUGCAUGCAGAUUUAGAAACAGAUGAAGUAUAUGCUCAAAUGACUUUGCAACCUUUAAGUCCGCAAGAGCAAAAGGAUAUAUAUCUACUGCCUGCAGAAUUGGGUACUGCCAACAAACAACCAACCAACUACUUCUGCAAAACAUUAACAGCAAGUGAUACCAGCACUCAUGGAGGAUUCUCUGUUCCUCGAAGAGCUGCUGAAAAAGUCUUCCCUCCGCUUGAUUACUCGCAGCAGCCUCCUGCACAGGAACUAAUUGCAAGGGAUCUCCAUGAUAAUGAAUGGAAAUUCAGGCACAUUUUUCGAGGUCAGCCGAAGAGGCAUCUUCUAACUACAGGGUGGAGUGUUUUUGUUAGUGCUAAGAGGCUUGUUGCUGGUGAUUCAGUCCUUUUUAUCUGGAAUGACAAAAAUCAAUUACUCUUGGGAAUUCGGCGAGCAAAUCGUCCACAGACUGUCAUGCCAUCUUCAGUUCUGUCAAGUGACAGCAUGCAUAUUGGUCUUCUUGCUGCUGCAGCUCAUGCGGCUGCCACAAAUAGCCGCUUUACUAUAUUCUAUAACCCAAGGGCAAGCCCAUCAGAAUUUGUGAUUCCCUUGGCUAAGUAUGUCAAAGCUGUGUAUCAUACCCGAGUUUCUGUUGGUAUGCGAUUUAGGAUGCUAUUUGAGACAGAAGAAUCAAGCGUCCGUAGAUACAUGGGUACUAUAACAGGCAUUAGUGAUUUGGAUCCUGUUCGCUGGCCAAAUUCACACUGGCGUUCCGUAAAGGUUGGCUGGGAUGAGUCCUCUGCAGGGGACAGGCAGCCUAGAGUUUCGUUGUGGGAGAUUGAACCGUUGACAACAUUCCCUAUGUAUCCAUCCCCAUUCCCUUUAAGGCUGAAACGCCCUUGGUCAUCAGGACUACCUUCUUUUGGUAUAAAGGAUGGUGACGUGAGCAUUAGUUCUCCAUUCACGUGGCUCCAAGGUGGGCUUGGGGAUCAAGGAAUGCAAUCUCUGAACUUCCAGGGACUGGGGGUUGCACCAUGGAUGCAGCCAAGACUUGAUGCUUCUAUGUCAGGACUUCAGCCAGAAAUAUACCAAGCUAUGGCUGCUGCUGCACUUCAGGAAAUGAGGGCAAUGGGUCCAUCUAAACCUUCUUCUGAAUCUCUUCUGCAGUUUCAGCAGUCUUCAAAUGUUCCUGGUGCUCCUUCUGGUAUCCAGGGGCAAGUUUUACAGCAGUCUCAGUCGCAACAUGUUCUACGCAACUUUCAAGAAAACCAGAUUCCUGCUCAGUCUUCACAUCUGCAACGACAGUUGCAGCGUUACCAUCCUUAUAAUGAUCAGAGGCAGCAGCAGCAGCAGCAACCUAACAGUUUACCUGUUCAGCAGCAGAUCUCAAAUGUUGUCUCUCCUUUGUCUAAUUUUGCAUCACCUACCCAGUUUCUCUCUCCAUCCGUGCCAACCAUUGCUUCAAAUUGCCAGCAGCAGAGUUUUCCUGAACCUGCCAGGAACCAAAUUCCCAGCUCUGAUGUUUCUGCUAUCCAUAGUCUACUAGGAUCGUUUCCCCAGGAUGGAGUAUCCCAGUUACUUAACAUGCAUGGGUCCAACUCUCUGGUUCCUCCUGCUUCCUUACUACCUAAGCAAAUAGCUGUUGAACCUCAGCUUCAAACUGCUGCUGCUCACUGUGUAUUACCCCAGAUGGAAAACUUGGGAACAUCACAGUCAAAUGUAUCUGAACUUCCUAUUUUGCCUCCAUUUCCUGGAAGAGAAUAUUCUGCAUACCAAGGUGCUGGUGAUCCUCAGACCAAUCUUUUGUUUGGGGUUAAUAUUGAUCCUGUUCUUAUGUUACAAAAUAGCAUGUCCAACAUGAGAAAUGUUGGCAAUGAGAAUGAUACAUUAUUGAUGUCCUUUUCAGCUUCAAACUUCCCUGGUGCUACAGGGACUGAUUAUCCUCCAAGUUCAGACAUGACAACAUCAAGUUGUGUAGAGGAAUCUGGUUUUUUGCAGUCUUCUGAAAAUGUGGAGCAACCAAACACAUCAACCGGAACCUUUGUCAAGGUUCACAAGUUAGGGUGCUUUGGGAGGUCACUGGACAUCUCUAAGUUUAGCAGCUAUGAUGAACUACGUAGUGAGCUUGCCCGCAUGUUUGGGCUUGAAGGCCAACUAGAGAACCCUCAGAGAUCAGGCUGGCAGCUUGUAUUCGUUGACCGGGAGAAUGAUAUUCUUCUCCUUGGUGAUGAUCCUUGGCAGGAGUUUGUGAACAAUGUGUGGUACAUCAAGAUUCUCUCUCCACUUGAAGUUCAACAAAUGGGCAGAGAAAGUCUGGGUCCCACAGCUUCUGCAUUGGGUCAUAAGCUUUCUACCACUGGCAAUACUUGCGACAACUAUGCAAGUCGGCAAGAGCUGAGAAAUCCGAGCAAUGGCAUUGCGUCGAUGGGGUCUCUGGACUACUAGAAUGAUCUGCUUCACAGGCAUAUCGGUUAGCAAUGUCUGGAGUCAUUAUGGAAGAUGUUUCUCAUAUCAGGAUGGCCUGGUAUUCUUAUAUAGCCAUUUGUAGUUGAGAUGCAUCAGUAGUGAUUCUGCAAGGCCUAUUCAGAUCUACAGCGAAUCACUGUAAAUUAUAAUAGGUGACUUGUUUAUUUAACUGCCAUUACAGCACUUAGAUCAGCACUAAAUGUAGAAGAUGGAAUCAAAUCUUAAUCAUCAGGGUUUGUGAUUUCUCCCCUUGAAUUCCUCUUCCAAGUUAUAGGACAUAUUUAGAAGAAAGAUGACGAUAAACUGAGUACCAUAUUGCUUGUUUAAUUUUUCUGUUGAAGAUCUCACAACUUGGUUCAAUGUAACAUGGUAAGUUUAAUCUUUCUGAUGUCA